CUCCUAUUCAAUGCAAUAGAAUACCCUCCUCGUUCGUUUAUUAUCCACUGCAUUUACUGCAUUCGCUGUAUCGAAAAGGCACACGCUUGAAAAAUGGGGUAGUAGGCGAGUAACAUCCCUCGUGUCCCUCUGGCGAUCGUAUAAAUGCUGGCGUAUUCCUCUUCCUUUCUUCCUUUUUCUCCUCUUUCUCCACUCAGCAAACACAUUCCUCAUCUUCAGAUCCACAGUGACCAAGACUUUUCGCUAUCUACCGCUGUUUUUACUAGCACUACUUCAAAAUUUAACGCGUCAACCCUAGAUCUCAUACCGAACCACAUCUAUCCAGUAGUUUCUUGCCAUCCAUUCUCUUGAUCCCCAAGUCAUACACCAGGGAUUCGUUUCUUUCCAUCCUACAAACCUCAACGUCGUGUUUAAAGAGGCAGAAAAAAAUGUCCAACCUCGUGCACGCUUCUGUUGGCAUGGUCGUACCAACCUUUGUCGAGGUCCCUGCCAUCAUCAAGAAAGCAACAGCACCCUCAGUUCAAGUCAAGACCCUCUCGUUGAAGGAUUUCCAUAACCAGGAAACGCGGCCAAAGUUUCUUCAGGAGAUGCGUGAGUCCCUGAUGAGGAUUGGCACGUUUUACAUAAAAGAUCAUGGCAUCGCUGCCAAUAUGACUACAGACGCCAUGAAGGCCGUGCAAGAAUACUUUGCACUGCCUUUAGAGGAGAAGAAGAAGAUGUUGAUUGGAAACAGCAGACACUUCCGCGGGUACAAGUUGCUGGGUGAUGAGUUCACGAACGACCAGCUAGACCACCGAGAGCAGCUCCAAUUCGGUCCCGAGCAGGCUCCCAUCGUGACCUUCAAGCCUUCCGUCUCUCCAGACUACGAAGGGCUUCAAGGACCCAACCAAUGGCCAGCCUCGACCGUGGCACUCUUACCCCAUUUCAAGCCCUGCGUCCUCGAAUUCAUGAACCAGCUCGAGACGCUAUCUCAGCAAUUGAUGGAGGCCAUUGGGCUGUCUCUGGGGUUGAGGAGUUCGUUUUUCCGCGACCUUUUUGGCCAGACCCCAUACUACCGCUUGAAAUGCGCAAGGUAUCCUUCAGUCAAGAAGGGGAACACGAUCGGAUGUGGGGCCCACAAGGACACUGGUUUCCUGACCCUCCUUUUUCAGGACAUGGUCGGCGGUCUGCAAGGCCAGGACCCCCUGACGGGUCAAUGGAUGGACACGAAACCUAUUCCCGGGACAAUGAUUGUCACGAUGGGCGAGGCGAUCGAAAAGUUGACCGGUGGAUUGUAUCAUGCCACAGUUCACAGGGUGUUGAACAACACGUCGGGCCAAGACCGGUAUAGCAUUCCCUUUUUCUUCGAUCCUUCUUUGGACGCACAGAUCGCUUGUAGGAUCGAGGGCUUGGACACGAGCGCACAACUCGACUUUGUUACGAAGGCCGGGGAGAACAAGAUCGAUGAGCUGGUACAUGGCUUGGGUAUCACCACGCUCGAAUCGUCAGAGCCAACAGAGACGUGGAGCAAUGGUGCUCAUGUCUUUGAGACUGUACAUCGCUGCCAUCCUGAGGUCUAUUCGCGGUGGUACACUUGUGAGUUGUGAAAGAGCACAGCCCCCAAGGCCGAUCUUUAUUCCAAUUCGGGCGAUCCAUACCCAGUUUUGCAUUACCCCUCAAAAAUUAAAUAAAACAUAGCU